UCUCUGUCUAAAUGUUAGAUUUCCGUGUCCGGAUAUCAUCUCCCAUUGUGACAUGAGACAUCCACUUGCUGCCCCUAAUUUCCCUUUCUUCACUCCAAUAUUUUCUUUUCCUUUCCUUUCCUGGAAACCCACUUCUCCAUUUUUUCCCUAAAUAAAAACCCAAAUCCAAACGCAACCCUUUUCAGUGUUUUCACCUCACUCAAAAAUGGAAAAAAUGCUUAGUGUACAUUCAAAAAAAGCAAACAAACAGCCCAAAAACACCAAGAAAAAACCAGUUAAAGUUGUUUACAUAGCAAAUCCAAUGAAGGUGAACACUAGUGCUGCAGAAUUCAGAGCUUUAGUCCAACAACUUACUGGACAAGAUGCUAAGUACCCGGUCAUGGCAACAACAACCACCGAAACUGUCGGUAGUAUGAGUGGCACAGUUCCCGAGACAAAUAAUGAAUGCGAACACAAAAAGGGUUUAUUUUUUGUGGACAAGUCGCAAAAAGAAGUUGUUCAUCCUCAAUUACCUAGUAAUGAUAAUUAUCUUGUGUAUAAUACUGAAGCUGCAACAACUGAUAACUCGGAUCUUUCGUUUGAGGAUUAUGUCGGAGGAGAAGAUUAUGUUCCAGAGUUGUUGGACAAUUUGCCAUUGGCUGCUACAAACUUGUGGUAUGACUAAUUCAAUGAUCGAACUUAAAUUUACUUUUGUUCAUCUAGUUGACUUCAAAAAGAACAAGAAGGGUUGAUGAAGGCAAUGUAAAUUAGAAAUUAUUGGCUUAUAGUAGCUAGUACUUGGGCUAUGCCUUUAUAUUUAUCGUAGUUUUUGUUAUAUAUAUACUACUACUAGGUGAUACUAUGUAGUAGUACAAGUCGCUAGCCAUGUCCAACUUGCUUUGAUACUUUUGUAUUUAGUGGCUAGUUGCUGCAACUUGGAGAUAGAAAUAAUUGAUCUUGUACUAACUAUUCAUUCGAGAUCUACUUUGAGUUAGCAAAAAAGGACUAUGUAUUUACGUACUACUAAUAAAAUCAACAUUUUAAGA